AUGUGCGACAUCAGUACCAUUGAACAACUGGUGACAUCAGCCGAUAAAAUAAUGGAUAUAACCACUCCGACAUUACCUUCUCCUUCUCCUUCCCUUACCAUAGCGGCUAUAGCAUUCCAGUUCCAGGAUUUUCGACACACCAGGAAAAAACAAUACCUGGUAGUGGAAGUUCGCAACCUCCGUUUGGAAAGGAAUACAGCUCCACGUGCUAGACACCGAACUCCCUCUAGAUCUCUAUCUAGACAUCGGUACGUCGUUUCUCUUGCAACACCAGAUGGUAGCAUGAAAUUUGUCAAGAUAAAGCAAGAAGUAACUUUUAAAUGUCCUAUUGCAAAUGAAAGCAUUACAGUCUGGAUACUCAGAUUAUAUCAAAUUAGUAGUCCUGGUUGGUUACCUGUUAAAACUCAAGACUUUGAAGCAAAUGUACUUCCUGGGAAAGUCAACAUCUUGAACAUCACACUCCUUUCACAUGGAGAGAUAACAACUAUUUGUAAGAGCACUAACAAGGUGAUGAAAUUUAAAGCAAUAGCACUAUAUAAUGACAUUGGGAACCUUUACCCAAGUUUUGAAACACCAAAUGCGAUAAAGGAUAAAAAAUUCACAUUGAAAUGUAAUACAAAUGGUAAUAGUGCUUCAACAUUUUGGUAUACUGGAAAUGGAGCAGUCAUUGCUAAAUACAGUGGAGUAGUCAACCAAGGUUAUUCCAAAUAUUUUGGUAGCCGUCAAGAAACUAGUUGCCAAGAGAAAAUCUGUACAUUGAGUAUAACCAAUGUCAGUUUAGAUGAAGACAACAUGAGCAUUAUUUGCAGUUCUUCUAGCCAUACAAGUAUGUUCAGUAUUACAGUAUUUGUUUUACCAAAAUUGGUCACAAUCAAGGCUACUUCUGACACAGAUCUAGUGGAAAAUAAGAAUAAAAGUUAUGAAUGCCUUAUUAAAGACACCAACCCUGUAUUUUCAGUCUAUUGGUUGAUUACUAAGAAAGAUGGAAAACUAAAAAAUGCUACAGAGUAUAUUGCAAACAAGUCAAUCAAAUCAGGAAACCUGACCACUUUAUCAUCAAAACUGACAUUAACUCUUAAUAUGAAUUUUCAGAAAUUACAGUGUGUUGCAUAUUUUCCGGGUAAAAAGGAAUUUGAUAAAUAUUCAAAGGAACUUGAUUUGCAUAUGAAAUUUCAACACAUUGAAGCUAUAAGUAACAACUAG